AUGAAAUUAACAUACAUUAUUUCCGCUAUUGUAUUUACGAGUAUUAUUGUGCAAAAUGUUCAAGCAAUAGGAUGGGCAAUUGUUCCAGAAAUCGCUUCUCUUGCUGUACCUAUUCUCAAAGCUAUACAUGACAAUGUGAAACAUAUGGGAAACUCGCACGCGACAUACCUCGAAUUUAUCAAUGAUUCAAAUGGCGGAUUACAAAUUGAAGUUUCUGAGGUCGAUAAUUAUGACUGGGAUGGUAAAUCACGUCCAGAUCGUACGUUUAAUCGCGUUGUUAUUCCACGUUAUAAAUCAGUCAAACGCCGACAAGAAAUAAAUGCAAAGAGUCGAAGUGCUAUGAGUACGAUGAAAUUUCGUUUUCGAGGAAAACCAGCUUUUUCAAUGCGUAUUGAUCAAUGGGCAGCAUUGUCGGAUAAAGUACACGAAAAAGAGUUCAAACUUGAAAACGGAUGGAUCGCUCGCAUGAAGGCUGGCAUCAACAAAAAUACUCUUCAAUACAGAUUUCGAAAAGGGUGUGGGACUGGUGGUGGUGCUGGUCUCAGUGGUCGUGCUCGUAUCCGUCGUGGUACUAGUAUCGGUGGUUGUGGUGGUGUCGGUGGUUGUAGUGGAGUCGGUGGUGGUACUAGUAUCGGUGGUGGUGCUCGUAUCCGUCGUGGUACUAGUGUCCGUGGUGGUACUAGUAUCGGUGGUUGUGGUGGUGUCGGUGGUGGUGCUCGUAUCCGUGGUUGUAGUGGUGUCGGUGGUGGUACUAGUAUCGGUGGUUGUGGUGGUGUCGGUGGUGGUGCUCGUAUCCGUGGUUGUAGUGGUGUCGGUGGUUGUGGUGAUAUUGGUGACGAACAAGCUAACUAUCAAUAUACCUUUUGGGAUACACCCGGAUUCGAAAGUUGGGAUCGAGAAGCCAUCCGUAAGUAUCUGAAAACAAUCAAAACAACACCCAAAUCUAGUAUUAUUUGUAUGAUCUACUGUGCUUCGCCUGGUUCUUCCGCCAAUCUUCAACAACUCGGAUGGUUAUUGGAUGAAUGCAUCAAACUGCACAUUUUCUGUGCACUCGUAUGUACAAAUAAAUCGUGUCGGGAUAGAAAGCGUCGCGAUGCUGUCAUCAAUGAUUUUCAACAUAUACUUCAACGACAUCAGACGAAAACGCGAGACGAAAAUGGAAUAGCCUAUUUCGGAAAUGUAGGUCUAUGCACAAGUGUCAAUAGCGUUGCUUUUACCGACGACGAAACGAAUAAGAAAUACGAACAAUCGGGUAUUGAUGAACUCAUACUUGGGAUAAUGGAAUCAUUGGAUGAUGACAAAUUAGCACAAUGGUGUGCGGUCAUAUUUGAGAAUAAAUCAUUUUGGAAGAAACUCUCAGGAUAUUCAGAACAGCUGAAAAGAAUCUUGAAUAAACUGAUUCAUACGCAAUGGAACGAAGAUUGA